AUGGCCCCUCUAGCCCCCGUGCGUACAGGCUCAGCCGUGAUGCGAAUUGGGUGGUUGCUGCUCAGCCGUUUGAACAACGUAAAAUCCCGGGUCUGGCGUGCAAAGAUCCCGCCCACUAGCGGGGAGACAAUAGAGCCUUUGCUCGCCAUUGAUAACCCCAGAAGAGCUUUAGUAAUGCUUCGGGAACCUCUCACUAUCCUAGCGUAUCUGAAUCAUCCCGUUAUCAAUACCCACAGGAUGAAUACUGUCAACCUAGUUCGUGAGGAAUGGGGCCGAGCAGACGACGCAUGGGAGGCUACCGGCCAGCCGAUGGAAUAUGUGCAGGACUGGUGGGAUGAAUGGUUCCGAGACAGGUUGAAGUACAUGGCUGCCGAGGUCCGCAAGUGGGUGGAAGAAUGGGCGAAGAAGAUGUCCCAACACUGGGCGGUUUGA